UAGAGUUCAGCAUCUGCAUGUAGGAGAGCUGCAGCUGGAGUUUCUUCAGUGUUCAUCUGAAUACUGCACUGUGAGGUCGUCAUCUCCGUCUGCUUCCCCGCAGCAGCAAUAGAGGAUCUGCAAGAUGUUACAGUAGAUUUUCUCAUUUCUUCCUUGCAUCACCUGUUUACACCAAGUCUUUGUCUUGCAUCAAACAGCAGAGAGUGAGAGAGUUUAUUAUGAAACUUUGCUGCUCUUCCUUCAAUAACACACUCAUUAUUUCAGCCGGGUUUAAAACACACUCUACAAUUGGUCGUGUCCAAAUGUUCCAGCAGUUCCCCGCGGGACAGACAGUAAAAUAAGGGCAGUUUGAGAGUGUGCUGGUCAGAGAGACUCACUCGGGCAGAGGUAGCGGCGGUGUGUGUGUGUGUAUGCGGAUCACAGGACCUGACAGAGCACAGAUCACUCGGUCAUCAUGUCGAACACCUCAGCUUCACUCCUGAACUCCAGCAUCUCGGGUUGGCAUCGUCCGCUGUGGUACCAGUAUGAGGCGUGUGCGGAGGCUCCACACUGGUUUAUCUUUUACUUCAGUGUGAAGAUAGUAAACCUGUUCGCGGGUUUCCCAAUGAACGCUCUGGUGAUGUGGCAGAUCCUGAAGAAGAAGAGCGAGGGGUCCACAUCUGACAUCUUCAUCUUCAACCUCUCCGUCCUGGAUGCUUAUUUCGGGCUGAUGACGCCGGUGGACAUGGUCAACCGCCUCUACUUCAAUGAUCCCACAAUCUGGUACUCCCAGAGGUUUGCGUACGGUCUGAAGGACACGACUCCGCUGUUCCUCACCUGUAUUUGUCUGGACAGGUAUGUAGCUGUGGUCCAUCCCAUCUUGUUCACCGGCACGCGGGACACGGGCAUCCGCAUCGGCAUCUCCAUGGUGGUGUGGGGACUCAUCCUGGCCUACUCUCUCACCAAAUGCAUACUGGGUAUCCUAAGUGUGAACGAGGUGUUCAGCGGCCUCAUCCUCUCCGCCUUCUCCAUCAUGGUGUUCUGCAACCUGUCCAUCAUCUGGGUCCUCAGGAAAAGCGUGGCCGGGAAGGAGGUCAUGAAUCCGGUCAAGAAGAAGGCCUUUAAGAUGGUGAUGACGGUGCUGGCCAUCAUCAUAGUGAACUAUCUGCCGCCGGUGGCUCUAAUGCCGUUUGCGUCCACAUAUUCAUUCGUGACUCUCCACUGUAAGGUUCUUCUAGCCGUGUUCUCCAUCAUGGACCUGAGCUGCACUAUUGAGCCUCUGCUCUACAUCUCCAAGAUGGAUCAAUCCGCCUUCUGCUCCUGCUUAAAGAGUCCUUCAAAGAAACCCAUCAAUGUGAGCGUCUGAGAUGGAGAGAUGUUUGCUUGUUGGUCUCAGGUGCUCAGUCCAGUCUUGUUCCUAGUCCUCUAGCUCCAGCAUAUCUGCCUAGAUGUUUCUGAAGACCUUGAUUGGCUGGGAUUUGGGUUUAAUUCUACAGGUUUGGAGAAUUCUGCUGUAGAUGUAGUCCUGAUUAAAGAGAUCAGUCUGCUUGUUCAGGCUCUGUCCACAUGUACUCUGUAUUUCCAGGAGCAUUGCUUUACUCUGAGGUGUAGUUGCUUGUCCACAUGAAAAUGUAGAGUCCGGUGAUGGAAACCAAAACAACCUGAAAACUCUGGCCAUGAAGAUUUACUGAAAUCCAGGAACACUGAAUCUAAAGUUUUUCCUCAUGAUGUCAGCAUUUGCACAGUGUGACACGACUGAGGUGAAUUAUAUUCAUUCACAUUUACUUGUAUGCUGUUUACUCACACAAAUACUGAAUAUAACGUUUGGUGUGAACCCAGCAUAAAGGGUUUUUCAUCGC